GGCUCAGGGCUUGGGUUAGGGGUGCAGGAAGGAGUUCAGGGUGGUGGCUCAGGGCUGGGGGUUGAGGUGCAGCCUCUCACCAGGUAGCAAGCCAUGCUGAGACAGGCUCCUUGUCUGCCUCGGCCCCACGCUGCUCCCUGAAGGGACUAACAUGCCCCUGCAGCCCCUUGGAAGGGGGGACGGCACAUGGCUCAGUGCGCUGCCUUCUCUGCAAACAUUGCCCCUGCAGCUCCUGUUAGCUGCAGGUCCCUGUUCCCGGCUAAUGGGAGCUGCAGGAGCGAUGCUUGCAGGCAGGAGCAGCAUGUGGAGGGUGACCCUUCCCCCCAGAACCACAGGACGCACUGGCCACUUCUGGGAGUGACAUGGGGCCGGGGCAGGUACGGAGCCUGGCUUAGCAGCAGCCCUGCUGCACCACCAGAGAUCUUCUAGGAUCGACCAGUCGAUCGCAAUCAACUGUUUGGUGACCACUGGUCUAGCUUCAUCUUCUACCUAUUGGAUCGUAUUAUACCAUUCCUGCUAGAAUGAAGAGCCCCUUAUUAAAUAUUCUUUCUAUGUAGAUAUUGUAAUUGUCAGCCCUUAACCUUCUUUUUGUUAUACUAAAUAGAUGAGCUCUUUGUGUCUGUCACUAUAAGGCAUUUUUUCUAAUCCUGUAAUGGUUCUCAUGCCUCUUCUCUGAACCCUCUCCAAUUUAUCAACAUCCUUCUUGAAUUGUGGGCACCAGAAAUGGACACAGUAUUCCAGGAGCAGUUUAACCAGCACCAAAUACAGUGAGUCACUACUUCCCAGGAUAGAGUUCCCCAUUCUACAACGAUUUGCAAGGCACUAAUAGUUCUGGAUCGUUGGGUGGUCUGGAUGUUCGCAGACGAAUCCCUAUAAAGCUCAUCUCCAAACAGCCCAACAAAACCAAACCUGCACCACGUGCUCCAAGAAUUAUGAACAGGAUGCCUUCAAAGGCACAGGCUGGUGAUGAAGAAGAAUUUGAUUAUAAUGAAGAGGAGCGGUAUGAGUGCAAAGGAGCUGACAUGUUUGGGAAUCAAAGAAGAUUCCCUGGACACAUAUUUUGGGACUUUAAGAUAAACUUGCUCGGAGAAAAGGAUGAUACUCCAGUCCAUUUCUGUGACAAGUGUGGAUUGCCUAUCAAAUUGUAUGGGCGCAUGAUACCUUGCAAGCAUGUUUUCUGCUAUGACUGUGCUAUAUUACAUGAGAAGAAGGGUGAUAAGAUGUGCCCAGGCUGUAAUGAUCCUGUGCAGCGAAUUGAGCAGUGCGUGCGAGGGUCUCUCUUCAUGUGUAGCAUUGUUCAAGGGUGCAAGAGAACAUAUUUGUCUCAGAGAGACUUACAGGCUCACAUCAACCAUCGUCAUAUGAGAGCUGGAAAACCUGUUACCCGUCCUUCACUUGAACCUGUUCAUCCUCCUAUUGCCCCGCCUCCUGCUGAAAUUCCUGAGCGUUUCAUAAUGCCACCUGAUAAGCAUCAUAUGAGCCAUAUUCCACCAAAGCAGCACCUCAUGAUGCCACCACCUCCUUUACAGCAUGUGCAACACGAGCAUUACAACCAACCGCACGAGGACAUUCGUGCACCCCCAGCAGAGAUGUCAAUGGCUCCACCACCACCACGCUCGGUCAGUCAGGAUACGUUUCGUAUUUCCACAAGAAAACACAGCAAUUUAAUAACUGUCCCUAUUCAGGAUGAUUCAAAUUCAGGUGCUCGAGAACCACCUCCGCCAGCCCCAGCACCUGCUCAUCAUCAUCCUGAAUAUCAGGGUCAACCAGUGGUAUCCCAUCCUCAUCAUAUUAUGCCUCCACAGCAACAUUAUGCACCACCCCCGCCACCACCACCACCAAUAAGCCAUCCAAUGCAACAUCCUCCCCAGGGAGCAGGUACUCCUCAUAUGGUUUAUAGCCAAGCUCCACCACCACCGAUGACCUCUGCUCCACCACCAAUAACCCCUCCCCCUGGACACAUAAUUGCCCAAAUGCCACCAUAUAUGAAUCACCCUCCUCCAGGACCUCCCCCUCCUCAACAUGGUGGCCCACCAGUAAAUGUAAAUGCACCCCCUCCCCAUCACUAUAAUCCUAACUCUUUGCCGCAGUUCAGUGAAGAUCAAGGAACUCUCAGCCCUCCUUUUACACAGCCUGGGGGAAUGAGUCCAGGGAUGUGGCCAGCUCCAAGAGGGCCUCCUCCACCCCCAAGAAUGCAAGGCCCACCUUCUCAAGCCCCACUUCCUGGACCACAUCACCCAGAUCAAACCAGAUAUAGACCAUACUACCAAUGAUAUUAAUGUAAUUUGAACUGAGUAUGCUAUGGGAAGGAUAAACUAUAUACAGCAGCCUUUUAAUGAAUCUGUUUUGGGGGGUCUUUUUUCCCCUCUUUCUCCUCCUCUUCCUCCCCCCCCCCCAAAAGAAAUACAAUGGUUGUGACUAACACACUGUGGGGACUUGACCCUUGGUUGUUGUGGGUUUUUUUUUGUUUGUUUUAAUACCUUGACCUUAGGACUCCAACUUCAGAUAUACUGUAGUGUUAAGAUAAGUGGCUCAGUAGAUAACAGCUACAUUUUUAACAGAUUUUGUGUCCCUAGUGAGGUUAAACUCUCUGAAAGAUGGUCAUUUGUAAUAUUAUUUCCUGAAAAAUUGAACACCCGUUGUACCACUCUGUUGUUUUUGUUAAGUCCAAUGUUUAGUUUUACUUGUGAUACUUUUUUGUUAACCUGUGACCAAUAAUUAAAUUUAAACAUGGUUGUAAAAAUGCUGGGUUUUUAUGUGAAUUUGAGCACAGACACAAUUACUGAAAAAACAUUUCAUGUUUUGACACUAAUACUUUCCCAUCUGGCAUCAUAAUAAAAUGUGCAGUGUAAGAGACAUUCAAGUUUACCUUUUGCAGUAACAUUGUUUGUAGUAAAGUCUGAUCCAAGUUUAAGGAGCUGUAAAUCUGAAGUGCAGAAUCUUGCAUUUCAUACAGAUUUUUAAAUUUUGAGGCAACUUUGGGAGCACAGAGUGAAUGGUACAUGAAAGGCACAGUUUUGGUGAUGACAUAAAGCCGUGUUGUCUUAACAUUUUAAAAUCUUACCUCCCUUCUUGUUUGGAAAAUUCUGGUUAACUUGAGAUCUCAUACACUCCCUACUGGUGCUGAAUUCAUGUCUUGUGCAUUUACUCAAUCGAUGGUUUCACAUAAAAGGUGCCAUUUACUGACUCACCACAUGAUAUGAAGGAAUAUGAAUUUUUGGGACUUGGUUUUUUCUUUUUCUGUAUAAAGGGUAAUUAAUGUAGAGUAGGAAAGUAUUCCACUUUGAUAAUCUGGAGUUAGGGAUCUGACAUCUCUUAUGCAGAUUAAAAAUACAUAUGUAUAAAUCAUGGCAAAUUUUAUUGCCAGAUUUGAUGAGGUGGCUAAUGGUUUACAGGAUUUAAUAAUAUGUUUUAGCCAUGGCCUUAAAUAGAUAUGACACACUGUCAGGUCCCUUUAGGCCCAAAAUCUAGCUUUUGUAAAACUUUUUUUUUUUUUAAAUCCAUUGGAAACAGGUGUAAGAAAUAAAUAUCCUAUUUAACACUAGUUGUGUUAGUGCAGGAGAGCCAGAGAGUGAAACUGUUUACACUGCUCUCAUUGUCCAAGCAGAGUGCUUGCUUUUUACAUUGCAGCCACAUUAGUGUUGAAAAAUAAACAUUUUUUUUUUAAAAUCUCUUAAAAAUUAAGGGAGUUUAGAGGUAACCAUCUGUUUUUGACCUAGGUAUCUAGUCUCACGUUGUGCCUCUAAAACAAUGUAGGAAACCAUCUGUUUACUGGAAUUUUCUCAAAGGCUUAAUUAAUUUACUUCCGUAAGUUCUGUUUUUGCCUCUCACCUAAUAUGAGUUGUUAGCACUGCGCCUGUCAGAGCACCUGAUGGCAGAACAUUCCAAACUUUAUAAUUUUGCAUAUAAAAUGAGUGUCUGGCAUUCAGGGCAAGGACUCUGUUAGGUUUGUGUUCUGUUCCUGAAUCUGCCAUUGAUUUGCUGGGUGAUGUUGGGCAAAUCACUUAGGACCUGAGUUUUGAGUUUAGGUGCAUGCAAACUCCAUAAGUGGGUUGAAAAUCAAAUACUUAUUUUGCACAAAUAGCUAUUAUGUGUCUAAUUGUCCAGUUGCCUAUGCAGUUGUAAUGUGACUAACUUAAAAAAAAAAAUAAAUCAGACUUCUUUGCCUCAGUUUCCCUAUCUGCAAAAUAGGAACAAUACCCACCAUUGUUAAAUGCUUUGAUGUCCUAGGAAGAAAGAUACAAGUUAGUAUAUUAUACGGUUAGUUGAAACUUUACCAUUUGAGUGUGAGGGGAAGGAGGAAAAAAUGACUGACUCAAUAAGGGGAUGUUUUGUGGUUAAUAAAUAUGUAAGGUAAUUUAAAGGUACACCCUCGUGUUACAGAAUAUUUUGUUCAUGAUCAAAUCACUCACAAGCUAAUAUCUUAAAGCAGAUUUUACUGUAUACAUAGAGGAACUUAUCCAAUAGGGUAAUUCCCCUGUCUUAGGGAAGCACUCGUCUUUCGAAGGUUUCUUAAGGAAUUUUAUUUGGCCUCUUAUUAAAGACUAGCCUAUACUAGACAACUAUUUAAUAUUUAUAUUGGCUUAGGUGGUUCUAAGUGCAGGCUUCAUUAUAUAUAGACUGACAUUUACAAUUCUAGAUGCAUAAGGGUAACAAAUCUAAUGAGUACGUUACUAUUAAAAGUUUGUAUUCAGUAGAGAGCCCAGUUUUACUCAGCACUUGCUUCUCUUUGACAGACUAACCAUAGGUAAUGUGCUGUCUAUUGAAAUCGUGGCAAACUUGUAAUUUAGUGGGCUUCACAAAUGUUCAGCAGCCAUGUGCAUUCUUUAGGUGAUUGAAAAAUUUGCUGAUAUUUCCAUUAUGGGCCUAGUUUUAGGAAUGAUCUGUAUUGCAUUUAUUUUGGGGCCCUAUUCAAUGCUCAUUGAAGUUGAUACAGAUUUGGGUCACAGACGCUUUAGCCUUAAGACCAUGGAUUUGUACCAUACUGACUUGUUUUCCUUGUUGAUUGCUAUUACAGUGGUCAGGCUGUUUUAUUGACUAUUUAAGGGCUGCUCACAAGCACAUCACCUUGAAUAAAAUAUGAAAUGUACUUCCUUUUAAAAGUCAAGAAAACUGGCAUUUCAGAGCUUAGGGUUACAUCAGUGAGUCUUUCCUUUGAAUAAUGGAAGUGGAAUCUAGGUCUUUAUGCUGGCGGCGGCAUUUUUCAGUAAAUGGCCCUCACGUAAGCAGAAAUCAUUCUUACACAACACCCCUUGUGUGUUCCUCAAGUGAGUGCUUGGCCAAAAUCUGCUCAUGUAUUUACACCCAUGUAAAUCAUGAGUACACCAAUGUAACGGAAAAGAACUGAGACCAGCAUUUUUACAUCUUUCCAGAAGAAACAGAUUUGCAGUUUAAUUGCUGUGGUGGGAGCCCAGGGUUACUCAAAGGAACUUUCCAGAAAAACUGUUGCUUCCAAUUCUAAACUCAGAAGUGCCAGUUGUCAAUAAAAACUUGUGUACAUGGUACACUUCACAGUCAAAGUCAUAGUGACGAGUGCGUCUUACCCUGUGAAUUCUUGAGAUUCUUGGCUCGAAUGAAAUAGGUACUGUUUCCUUGUGAAGAUACCAUUAUCGAGGUGAUUAAUGGUUUAGUUUGAUUCUGAAUAACAAAUGGCCCAUAAGAUCGUAUGUGCUCCAUUCAUUCACAAUAUGUUGCUGCCAUUCAAAAAUAGCUCCAUGUUUUCAAUAAAACUUUUGACUAUAUUAUACAUUUAUUAGCCAUUCUGAAACUCUAAUUACAUAUAGGCAAAUAGAAGUGCUAGUGUGCCAGUCAUUUAGACUGAGGAGAAUGAGACUUCCAAACCGUUAAAUGGCUCAGAUAAAUCCUUUUAAUUGGUAAAAGGUUU